AUGUCUGGCCCAACCCUAGUGCGUGUCAAUGCCAAUGACCCUGGUGUCACUGCGGAGUAUCUUCAAUCUGUACUUGAACGAGAUGGAGGCCUCAUUGUCGAGGAAUUGAUCUCUAAAGAGGCAACGGCUCGCAUUCGAGAAGAUUUAAAGCCGCAUUUUGAUGCUGAUGAAGGCGAUGCAUCCGGAUUUUUCCCCAAAACCACUCGCCGAGCUGUUGGUCUUCUUGGGAAGUCUGACAGCUGCGUCACCCUUGCACUGCAUCCACUUCUACAAGGUGUGGCGGCACGUAUGCUGACGUCUGUGUUCCACCACUGGGUAGGCCAGGAGAGACAGACAGCUGUUUCUAGGCCUCAGAUCUCGAGUACGGUCGGGUUUCAAGUGAACCCGGGAAGUAAGCAGCAAGGCUUGCAUCGAGACGAUAUUGAUUAUCACGUGGAGGAUGGUGAUCGGCCGAUGAUGCUUGGAGCUGUAACGGCGAUUGUGAAGACCACUAAGGAAAACGGAGCCACCGUUGUGAUUCCUGGAAGCCACAAGUGGCCCUCAAAGCGCUGUCCUUAUGAUCACGAGGCUGUUGCUGCUGAACUUGAGCCUGGCGACUCCUUAUUCUUUCUUGGCCGCACAUAUCACGCUGGAGGUGCGAACACUACGACUGAUCAAGCGCGAGAAACAGUGGGAAUAUUCCUCUGCAAAGGCAUGUUUCGACAGGUUGAGAAUCAGUACUUUAUGGUUCCUCCAGAGAAAGCCAAGCGACUAUCAUCUGAGGCACAACGACUACUUGGAUACGGUAUCAGCCCACCGUUCUGUGGCUUCGUUGAUUACAAGGAUCCAAUGCAGCUAUUCUUUGAUGUCAACGAUGAGUUGACAGUUAACCUAUAA